GGACCCGAUGUCUGGUAAAUCGACUACUACGAGAAGUGAAGAUAGUGCUUCUUCAAAAAAUGAGACGAGUCGCAACAGGCACUCCACUUCAUCACGUAGCUCCAGGGCCGAAGUGAUCACAAUCGAUAGUUCUACUGAACACACCAAUUAUAGCUCGAGACAUUUACCUGUCAUUCUGGAGCGAGAUGAAAAAGUGUUUGAAAUCGCAGAUAGCGACGAUACCCUUUCCACAAAAUCUAGCAACACUCACGAAACAUCUCAGAUACACAUAUUUUCCGGAAGGUGUUCGGGAUCCAACGUGAGAUAUUCCCAGGCAUCAACGUCAAGAGAUAGAGUCCACAGUACCCCUAUAAAGGUAUCAACGUACUUUGAAAAGAAAAUGAUUGACACAGUUCAACAAAGUAGUAAAGUAUCAACCAGCGAAAUUUACGAAACCGCUCGGGAUACUUUGGAGUCUCAACGUAUGCCCAAAGUUUCGAGAAAUACUAUUGCCGACUUACCAUUAGAACAGAGUCCGUCGGAGGCGAUGGAUAGUCAAAAAACCGUCAGAAUCGAAGGUAACAAGUUGCGUCAAAACGAAUUUGAAAACGACGUCAAAAGCAUUUCCGGUUCGAGUAGGACGUCACCCAGCAACGUUCUAACCCUCUCGAAUAAAUUUAAUUUGAAUAACAACCUGCCGUCUGAUUGGCUGUUGAAGGAGAACUUUUUUGAUUUUCCUGAAAUAACAGAAGAUUUGGAUUCUCUAAGAGUUAAUUUUGAUACGGGCAACACGUUGGAGUCAAAUCCAAAACAUCAUAAUAGAUCAAAAGAUUCCGCAAGUUUCAAAGUCAGUACGAGUAAUAAAGAAAAUUUGAAUUUUUCAUCAGCAAUGAGAGAGAGGUUACUCGAUUGGACGUCGGAGAAACAGAGUAAUGUGUCUUUGGACUUUGAAGAUAAAUUGGUUCUUACGUGUGAAGCUAUCAAAGAGGUUCCUCAUAAGAAAAUGAGCAGUGUUGGAAAUAAAGGCCUUGAAAAAUCAAAAGAAAAAGUUUCAACAAAAAUUGAUAAUGAGGAUCAGUCAGUAUUCAAUUCGCUGGAGGUUAACAUCCAUGUAGAUAGAGUCACAACUGGAAAACAGUCUGUUAACUUAGAUUGUACAAGAUCGGCCUCGGGAAAAGAAGAAAACAGGGUCAUCGGCAAACAGGGUGAUGAACAAAGAUCCAAAGAGAGGACAGAAGCUGCAAAACAUCUUUCAGUGUCGAAAGUGAGCAGAAGUUUGAGGAAAUCAAAUGAAACAUCGCGACAAGAUAAACAUAUUUCCACAUCUAGGGAAGAUAGCGGCAUACGUCAGAAUGUAAAAAAAAUAUCCGAGAGAAAGAAAAACGAGGUGGAAAACCCCGUCAACAAACAUGUGACUGUCGUGACAGGCGUGGAAGAAGCUACCUCUACUUGCGAGAAGGCGGAGGAAACUGUUCUUUUUGAUGUUGUCUCCAAGAAAAAACAAACUUCUGCUGAGGAAUUAGAACCUUUGAUUCACAAGGUGGAUAAAAGUUUGUCAAAUAACGAUCAGGAAUCGCAUCUUCUAAAGGAAAUUGAAUCGAGAAAAAAUAUGACUAUCAGCGAAAGAGGACAAUUAGAAGUUCCCAAACUAACUAGGAGAAAAUCCAGAAGAGGCUUGGGAGAUAUUUUUCAUAAAAAAGACAUUUCUUCGAAAGAAAAUGAAAGACAAAUCCAGAAUUCUGAAGAUCCGAAAGUUUUUGGUGAAGACUUGGUUGAUGAAGAAAAAGUAUUGUCCAAGCAAAGUGUUGAAGCAGCUGAACAAACUGAUACAACUGUCGGUGAAAAACUAACCAAGAGACAUUCCAAGACGGGCCCGGAAGAGAAAAGAUACAUUUCUUCAAAGGGAAAUGAAAAACAGAUCCAGAAUUCAGAAAGUCUAACAUUUUUUGACCAAGACUUGGUUAAUGAAAAGGAGGGAGUGUCCAAACAAGGUGGUGAAGACCUUGUUUUGGAGGCAACAGAUACAAAUGUUGGUGAAACUGUCAACAGAAACGUUUCUUCAUUGCAUGACAAGAUCCCAAUUGAUGUUAGUGCCAUCUCGGGAGAAAAUGAUUUGAAAGUCUCAAUUAACGUAGAUAAUAACUUGAGAAAACAUAAAGGAAACGAUAAGUUGGGUGGAUUGAAACAUUCGGGCACAGAUUUGAAUCGAAAUAAUGUUGAAAAAAAUGAAGAGACAAGCAGAUUAUGUUCACUUAAAUCGGUCAUCGCCAGCGACGUUAAAGAAGUUCAGAAUGAGAUCAACAAAUGUGUUAUGGAAGAAAAAUUAAGUUUGUCAGUGAUUGCCGUGAAAGAAAAGAAACAAGACAAGAAAUCUCGUGGCCUAGACAAAAAAUUGAACAGAAAAGGAUUAAAGUUGACAGCUACUUCGAAGAAACGAGGCACUUCCCAGAGAUGCCCAAUACCAAUUGAUGCAACAAAUUUUUCUGAGGACGAUACAAUACCCUUGAGUGAAGUUCGCAAAAGUUUAUUGAAAGGAAAAAUUGUGACUCAAGAAAAGUCACCCCAGAAAGAAGGAGGGAGAACCCAACUUGCAAGCAAAUCUUCAAGCAUGUCUGUGCCGAAGAAAAAAGAUGUGCCUGCUUCAAAAGUCUCUGAAGAUGAAAAGAUUACAGUUGUAGACCAAACUGUAAAAGAUGACAGAGAACUCCAUGUUAAUGAAAGACAUCACAAAUCUGCCGCUGAUGCCUUAGAUAACCAAAAUGAAACACCCACAGGCCUUUCUGCAGAGGAUCAUAACAACCAAAUUCCCAAAAGUGAAAGGGAAUGUACGCUUGAUAAAAACGAGUCCAGUGAAUCUGACGAGUACUUUGACGAAAAUAGAUUUUUAGCCGAUUUGGGAGCACCAAAACUACGUAUCGAUCCUGAGAGUGCCUUCGAUAACUUGCUUGAAACCACUAAAAAAUCUGCUGUGGAAAAGCAGAAAGAUUCUGUCAAAAGGGUAACCAGUGGAACUCGUGACCAAGUGGUUUUCACAAAACCGUUCUCACAAGAUUGGAACGUGAAACUGAGUGCUGAUAAAAAAGGAUUUUCAGAAGAGCUAGUGGAACAACCAGAGAGUUGGACCAAAACUAAUGACAUUUUGGGCGAAUCUAACAUUAAACCAAGUACUGGAGAGGUCAUCCAUUCUACUGAAGACAUUCAGAAAAUUGUUGAACAUCCAGAGAUUCAGACGAAAACAUCUGAGGUUCUGAAGCCUGUUGAAGCUAGUGACGACAUUGUCAUUGUGAAAAGUGAGGAAACAGUCAUUGCCAAACCAGGAACUGAAACUAGGGAGUUGAAAAGCGCACUGAAAUCUUCCAAAUAUAUUGAAACCACACCUACAAAAGAUAAUUCUGACUUGGUAGUGGUUGAACCAGUUUCUAAAGUGACCACAGAGAUGGAAACGCCUAAAACUUCUGAUCUGGUAGUGGUCAAAUCAGUUUUUGAUAUGGAAACGCCGAAAACUAUAGAAAAAAAUAAGAAAAACGUAAAAUUUGAUGGUCCUGUACGAACAAGGAAAUCGGAAGGCCAAGGAGCAUCUCCUGAUUACACAAAAGAUCUGAAUCAGACUGCAUCCACUACGUUCAGUGGACGUAAGCGGAGGAAGUUGUAUGAUCCAGAUGAUUUAUCGCAUUUGAACUCGAUGUUAGACGAUGUUUUUCCCGGGAGCAAUAAUGGGACUAUGGAAAAAUUGUGUGAAAGUGGGAAAGAGCAGGAACUAUUUUCCAUGAAGAACUUACCGGAUGUUUCAAUCAAUAUGAAGCAACCGGAAGCAAAGGGUAAACUCUCUCCUCUCAGUAUCAAGAAGAAAGAUGCCAAAAAGUCGUUACAUAACCAGUCAUCAAUUUUUGAUAACAUUGCUGUUGAAGUAGAUAGUAUUGCCAUCGUACCUGGCAUUGUCCCAUUAAAGGAAAGGACUGAAAUGUCGACACUUGUGAAGAGUCCUGCUAGGAAAGAUUUCAAAAUGAUGAGAUCAAAAAAAAAUACCUCGAAAAAUGAAACAAAUCAUAAAGAUAUAAAAAAACAGCAACAUCAAGAAAAAAAGAAGUAUAUAAAACCGAUUAAUUUGAAUACAAGCCUUAUAAAUAACGGUGAAAAGAGUCAUUUGAAAUCAUUUUUUGAGAAUAUGCUGGAUUCUUUUCGUGAGGAAAUGGGGGGCGAGUCCAUAAUAGAAAAGUUGAACAAAAACAGAAUCAAAGAGAAUAAAUCUGAAAACAAGAGAAUUGGACUUACUGUCAGUAACAGAAAGACCAGAGAAAGUAAGGGUAACCAGAAACGAAAGACAAACUCGGGCGAGCACAAAAAGGGGAGAGAGACAUUCCAUUCAACGCGUAUAAAACAAAAAACUGUUGAAACCAAUCACCGACGUAAAACUACAGGUAAUGUUUCGUUUUCAUCUUCAUCUCCGUCUUUGAGAAUAUCCACUAGACUGUCCCAGAGGAUUGAAAAAAAGAAACAUAAAUAUGUUCCUAAAGAUGAUCAUUUGAGGGAAGCAAAUAAUAAUCUAGCACCGGAUGUUGUUGAGGAUAAAAAUUUGCGCAAGAGACCAAAGUCUGUCAACGAUAUUACGUUUGCACAGAAAGACAAAAGAGACGAUACAGCGAAUAUUAAAAGAAAAAUAAAUAUUAUAUCAGACAUACAAAUCAAACCAGGUCGAGAUGAAGUGCCAUCGCCGCCGAAGAAAAUGAGAAUGUUUGAAGGAAUGAAUUUGCUUAAUGAAACAAAUCGGAAUAAUCUUUCUGAAAUACAUGAAAUGGACUAUGCAAAUAACACCCGGAGUUCUCAUGUUACUACUUCCUCUAUAUUAGUUUCUAAACGUGCACCUUCCUGGCAGGGACUAGCUCUACUUGAUGACCAAAUAGUUACACUCACAUCGACGGAGUAUUUGAAAAAAUACUUGGUGUUUUUCUUCUAUCCAUUAGACUUUGGCACUCUACCGUAUGUUUGCGAUCCCACGGAGAUAAUCGGUUUCAAUGAGAGAAUCGAAGACUUUCGAAAUAUCAACGUAGAAAUUGUUGCUUGUUCCAUUGAUUCUUACUUCACACACCGUGCUUGGGUGGAACGUCUGAAAGGGCAAGGUUCACUGAAUAAACUGAAGAUACCACUUCUAUCUGAUGCGAAUCAUCGCAUCUCCAAAUCCUUCAGAAUAUAUUCGGAUAAGCUGGGUCACACGGUCAGGGGUGUAUUUAUCAUAGAUCCACAGGGUGUAAUCAUCCAGGAGAUCAAAAUGGACUUACUUUUCAGAAUUGACGUUGACAUCAUCUAUAAUUUGUUGCAGGCCGUCCAAUCAACAAAGUGAAUCUUUAUUGUGAUUGAUUAAAUGUUAAUAUAUUGGUAUUAUAGUAGUUGUUAGGUUUGAAAAAACUCAUUUUAAUUGUCCAGGAAGUUUUUUCAAUUAGUUUGUCUAUGUAAGUUAUUAAAAUUUGGAUUGAAUUUUUAUUGUAAAUAUUGAUGAUGUAAUGUAAAUAUGUUGAUCUGUUAGAUGACGGUAGGUGUUAGAUUUGAAGAUUAUCUAUAUAAAUUAUUGAAUCAUA